AUGGCACAGGCACGGGGCCUCGCCGUGCUGAUGCUUGCCACUCGCGUUCUCGCUGACGUCCAGGACGCGGACGACACAAACGUCGGGAUGUUCUACACUGGACUUUGGGUCCCGGACGGCGACCCCAACACAUUCGGGAAGCACGACACCUGGACGAACCAGAGCGGGGCGAGCGUGGUGUUCGACUUCAUAGGUACGGAAAUCAGCGUGUUUGUCACGCGCCGGCCCGUCGGGACGUACCUCUCCAACGCAUCCUUCUCUAUCGACGGUGGCCCGCCGACGCUGUGGACGACGUCGGAUCCCGUCCCCGCCAUCUCGUACAAGAACAAAGUGUACACGUCUCCCUCGCUCCCGCCUGCUCAGCAUCGGAUCACUGUGACGAAUCUUGGCGAGAUCUUCUGGCUUGACUACAUGGAGUACACGAUUGCGAGCACGCCUCCAGGCGGAAAUCCACCUCCAGGGACGACGACCACAUCGACUAGCGACGCGUCAAUUGAAUCUAGUACCGACAUAUCAGCACCAAGCGUCAGCGUGGCCUCUGUAGGAACGCCCACUGUAGGAACGCCCGCAUCUGCUACCGACGCACGACCACCAUCUACAACUUCGUCUGCUCCUGGCACGCAAUCGCCAAGCGUCAGCGGGGCCCCCGCAGGGACAGCCGCACCUACCUCUGACACACGCGGAUCAACGGCCGCACCUGCUACCGACACGCACACCGACACGCAAUCAUCAAGCGUUAGCGCGGUCCCUGCAGGAACAGCCGGAUCUGCGUCUGCCUCAGCUACGUCGAGCUCGUCCUCGCACACGGGGGUCAUUGUGGGCGUUGUAGUCGGUGUCCUCGGCGGCAUUGCGCUGCUCAUUUCCGCAAUAUGGUGGUUUCGGUUGCGAGCGCAAGGACGACAGCUUGCAUUAGCUGCUACCCCCUACGCCGACCCGUCAUCGCGCAUGGCUGCGUACCCUCCAAGGGAGCCUCCGAUGACACAACGUGGUAUGCUGCCCCUCCUCCCCUCCGGCCGGCACGCACCGGCAAGCGACCCUGGUGGCUACUACAAUCGUCCGGCUCUUCCGCACCCGGUAGAACGCGCGCAAAGCGAGCCCGGCGGCCGAAGCUCCUCGAAGCACAACACGUUCUUUCAAGCACAUGAGGCCCCACCUCGUUCCAUUCCUUACCAAGGCCUGUACGCUCCUGUGUCGUCGCCAUCUUCCGUCUCCGCAGGGGAUACAGACAUCAUCCUCGAGGCUAUCCCAGAGGACCAGAUACGGAUGUCGUCCAGCACUGGCCUCGCUAGCAGCCCGAGCACGCCAGAGAUGGCGUCCGCGCGCAGCGCACGCUCGGUAUGGCUCCCACGCGCCCUUACCUUCUCGUCUGCGUCGCAGAGGUCCGUGCCGAGGGCGACGUCGCCGCCGCCCGCCGCGCCAGGGCCGCGCUAUUUCCGCGUGCUCCGCCAAUCGCGCGAUGGUGGUGUGCGCAUCGCUGGGGGCCGCCUGGGAGAACUUGGCGCGCAGCCGUGGACGCCGGCGGCGUACGAUGACGCGCUCGAUGUACGGAGCGAAGCCUCGACGAUGCCGCCGUCGUACGCGCAGUUUGCGAGUGCUGUAUCCGGAGAAUGA